GCGCCCUCCCUCCCCUCCCGUCGCUGGGCGCGCGCCGGGCGGUGCGGCUCCUGGGCGUCCGAGGGCAGCGCGGCAGCUGCAGCGGCCGCUGCGGGAGGGGCCCGGAGCCCCGCCCCCGGGGAGGGGCCUUCCGCAGGACUCCCCUCUACCCUCCACGCUGGGAAUGAAAUUUAGCAACAAGAAAGAAGCAGUUCACGCGGCGUCAAUGGACUGAGACUAAACCGAGACUCGGGUAAAGCUACCUAUUGGAGGCCCUACAGCCUAUCCCCAUCAGCCUGAUAAUCAUCGGUGUGGCCUACCUCGCCCUGGGGUCCUGGGCCAGCAAGAUGCUGGAACGAGAUGCGGAGACCGCGGCCGGGGACACAGAUCCUAGUCCCACCGGCAAGGAGCCUAAAACCAAGGGAGGAGCUCCCCACCAGGGCUCGCCGCAGAAGCCCAGCCAGUCGGUUCCAGGGCCUGCCACGUCCAAAGGGGCGCCUUCUCGACCCCGCCGGCGGCCCCCGCCCCAGCGCCCACACCGCUGCCCAGACUGUGACAAGGCCUUCUCCUACCCGUCCAAGCUGGCCACGCACCGGCUGGCACAUGGCGGCGCCCGCCCGCAUCCGUGCCCUGAUUGCCCCAAGGCCUUCUCCUACCCCUCCAAGCUGGCAGCCCACCGCCUCACGCACAGUGGUGCCCGCCCACACCCGUGCCCUCACUGCCCAAAGGCCUUCGGCCACCGCUCCAAGCUGGCAGCCCACCUCUGGACCCAUGCGCCUGCCCGCCCCUACCCAUGCCCGGACUGCCCCAAGUCCUUCUGCUACCCCUCCAAGCUCGCAGCCCACCGCCACACACACCACGCCACCGAUGCCCGUCCCUAUCCUUGCCCGCACUGCCCCAAGGCUUUUUCCUUCCCUUCCAAACUGGCCGCCCAUCGCCUGUGUCAUGACCCUCCGACGGCGCCAGGCAGCCAGGCCACAGCCCGGCAUCGCUGCUCCAGCUGUGAUCAGGCCUUUGGCCAAAGACGCCUCCUGCUCCUUCACCAGCGCAGCCACCACCAGUCAGAGAGCCAGGCGGAGCGCGAGUGAGUCCUCCCCGUGGCUCAGAGUGCCCUCCUGCACACGCCCGUGUCAAUAAAGAGGUGGUACUUCUAAGCUGGGCUGUAAGGACUUGCCUCUGCUCCACACUGGGUUCAAACUUACCAGGCUGAGGAAAUCUGCUCACCUGUUUUGGGAAGGGAAAGGUGUCACCCACAGAGAGUUAGCACUGGGCCCCAAACAAUGGGUGUGGAUCUGUGGUUUGAAAGCAAGCCCUAGCUCCGGGUUUCUCCCUCCUAUGCAUAAGGCAAAAGUAAAAAAGUCAGCUAGCACCGUGGGUUGGUGAGGAAUGUAGGGAAACAGGGUCUCUCCUUAUUGUGAGUUAAAUUGGUACCUGCAUUUUGGCCGUUUGACGCUACCUAUAAAAAAUUUUAAAUGCA